GGGGAGGAAAGUGACCAAUCAGCGCCGUUGGUAUUUUACAAACCGGCGGGGAGCUGCCGCUUGCUUCCAAGGCGCUGGGCUGAGCCGAGCGGACGCAACCGAAUCAACCAGGAGCAGCUCCUGGGAGCCUCUCUUCCUCCAGGUGCAAAUGCCAGGCAAGGUACUGCAGUGACUUGGUUUGGUGCAACUGUCAAAAAUGGCCCAGGUCAGGAAGAGUCCGGAAUGGGGGUCCUUUGCCCACCCACCUCGGGGCAAGUGGAAAGGGAGCUGCUCCCUGGACGGGAGCCAACCGCAGCUGGGAAAGGAGAAUGAGCCGUCUGCCUGGGACAGGCCAGACACACGGAGCCACAGCAAGAUCCCUGUCCUGUCCAAAAGCCGCCUGCCCCCGGACUUCCAGCAGCUGCACCAGGCCUGGGAGAGCCAGUUCCAGAAGGGGAAGGCUGCCAGUAAGAAGCCCUGUACGCAGACCUGUCCCUUUAACCUGACCUGCAAAGGGGACAAGUUCCACGUUGUGCCCUGCGCUGAUAUGGCUGCAGCCACGGAGCCGCCGGCGGGAUCCCCCAAUCCGCUGAGCAGAAGCCAGCCCAGAGGCCCCCUGGAGGAGAUACAGCUGGGGGCACCAGCGCAGAAGAACGCGCCAGGCAGCAGCGUCCCCAGUGGCAAAGAAGUGGAGUUCGUGGCUGACCCGGUGGCUUUGGCCAGCAUCCUCUCCAAUGUGGGGUUGGCAAACGGCACGCUGGGUGUGGCCAGGAAACCCAGCCUGGCCCGGCGGGUCCCUCUGAGGGGGAGCAGGGGAAACUCGGUCCACGCCAGCGGGAGCGCACGGACUGUGAGUGGCUCCCUGUAUGUGGCCUCGGGGACCCCUGCCUUGUGCCCGGAUCCAGCCCGCAUCUCCUGCUUCUCCCGGCUGGCGCCUCAAGACGCAGCUCGGCGAGCCACGCGGGAUCCUGCUCAGCACCGUGGCCUGCUCCUUAAAUCUCAGCAGAUCCAGGCCCUGUCGGAGACGCUGAGGGACCUGGGGUCCCGUGCCCAGCCCGCGGGGCACCCCGCUCUGCAGAGACUUGGCGCAGGGGCGAAGGAGGCGUGUCGGGGCCGCCCGCAUCCCAUUGCCACAGCAACGCAGCGCGAACCAGCCGGGAGCCAGGAAGCCGGCGGAACCAGGGACCAGUCCAGCAACGGCAGGCCGGGGUCCUCGAGCGAUGGCAAAGCAGCGGGGGGCAAGGCUGGCACUGGGGGGCAGAGUGCAGCCCACAGCAGCGGCUCAGCCUCGAGGAGGGAUCCCAUGGGAGCAUCACAGACAGAGGAGUUCGUGCCGGACCCGGAUGCCCUGGCCAGCGUCCUCUCCAACAUGGGGCUGAGCCACGCUGCCCUGGGGCCCACGGGGAAGGUCAGCCUGGCUCGGAGGGUGCCGGUGAAGGGGCCGCGGGGCGUCCCGCCCUCCACUCAGGGGAGCACCACGGGCAGCAGGACCUCGCUGCUGAGACCCCAGGGCAGCGUCCCCCCGACGGGCGACUUCGGCCGCACCUCCUGCUACUCCACACUGGGACUUAAAGGUGUUGAGGCCCCGGAUGGUCUCCAAGCAGCCCAGCUGGCUGGCACGCCCAGGACCCGGGAGAUCAACCGCUAUUUGUCCUUUGGCUCUGCCCGGAGGGUGCCCGUCACGCAGCCCCAGUCCCUGCGUGGCACCUGCUUCUCCACCCGCCGCCUGGCCGUCUUCCCCCGCACGCCCCGCACCGCGGAGGCCCUGGACAAGCACCCGGCCCAGGGAGCACUGCAGCCCCCAGCCAGGUGGGCCGGUGGCCUCUCCCCGGAGCCCCGAAGCUCUGACCCCGAUGAUUCGACCCUGCCCUGGGAGAAGAUCGUGGUGCGUCUCUUUGGAGAUGGGGAGAGCCAGGCAGCCGCGGAAGCGUCGGUGAGGAAAGUGCUCGCGCGGCCCGGCGAGGGGAGCAGCAAGGCGCAGCGCAUCGAGUUUCUGGCCCGGCUCCUGCGGAAGGAGGUGGAGGGGGCAGGUGGCUCCUCCAGCCUGGAAGAGCUCCAGAACCUGCUGGCUGCCUGCGCCCCGUCGCCCGGGCCCCCCCGCACGCCCCCUCCCCUGCCAGCAGCCGGUGUGGGGCUGGAGCGACUCCCCUCCCCCUCUUCGGGCCAGGGGCCUGAGCUGGGCCCUGCCAGCGGGACGACUCCCCCGGCCAGCUCUGCUGCCUUCCCUGCUGCGGGCACCACCCUGACCUUCUCCUCCCAGCGACCCGUCUGCUCCCACCCCCUCAUCCGCUCCCUGAGGUCCCCCGCCGCCAGCGGGGGCGCUGCAGGGGCCAGGGCUGCCCCCACCACCCCCCCGUCCCGCGUGGCCCUGGUGAAGCAGCGGCUCGGGGACCUGCUCAGCGCCCCCCAGCGCUUCCAGGAGGCCUGCCUGGACGACGAGUGUGCCUUCUACACGGGCCGGCCCCCCGCCCGCCUGCCCCCCGCCCCCCGCUGCUGCACAGACCCCGUGGCCACGCUGCUGCAGGCCCAGGAAACCAUGCACUUUAUCCCCAUCAUGCAGCCGGCACCUGGUGGCCCCCCGGGGGAAGCCGGGAGCUCACUACAGGCAAACCUGCCACCCCAGCCCUCGAGAUGAUGGAGGGGAACCGGUGCCCACCUGGGUCCUGCCCCGGAUCUGUGCUCCCUUAGCAGUGUCGUUGCAGCGGCUCCCCCCAGCACAGGUGGGGCCUGGCAUACCCCCCCGUGUCCCACCAGCCAGGCACCUCCUGUUCUGGGGGCACGGGGGGCAGGCCCCUUGUCACCCCUGCUGCAACCCAGACAGCCCCUCUCUGCACCGGCCUGUCAGGACUCCUGACCCGCGGGUUGCUUCUCUAGCCAGCCCCCCCGACCCCUGGCUGCAGGCGCUGCCUCGAGCACCUGUGGGCGAGCGCGUUGGCCCAGCUGCUCCUCGGGCCGAGCCUGUCGCGUCCCCCGGGCUCCAGAGCUGCCAGCCGCCCCCAGCCCGGAUCGCAGGCUCUGGGCCUCUCCGCUCGCCCAGGUGAUCUGCAGGCCCGUCAGCGCCCCCUGCAGUCUC